AUGAGAGUUACGCUUCCUUGCUCUGUGGCCUCUCUAGGCCUGGCCAGCCUCACUGUUGCGUUGGCGACGCCCAAGAGCUACUCUGUCGACAGGACCUAUAGCCUUAUGUCUGACUUGGGAACGAACUUCACGGUUUAUGAGCACGCGGCGACAAGCUCCAGAACGAGAUACGUCCAGGACUCGGGAAUCUGCGAGACGACCAAGGGCGUCAAGCAAUACUCUGGUUAUUUCGACGUCGGUACCGACCAAAACAUGUUCUUCUGGUUCUUCGAAGCUCGCAAAGAUGCGAAUACGGCCCCCGUCGCUCUGUGGCUGAACGGUGGUCCGGGCUGCAGCUCCAUGCUCGGCCUUUUCCAAGAAAACGGGCCAUGCACCUUCAACAAGGCCCCCGGCGCAGAUCCCAUUCUGAACCCCAACUCAUGGAACAAUGUCGCCAACAUGCUCUAUGUGGAUCAGCCAAUCGGAGCCGGUUUCAGCUACGGCACGAGUGAUACAGAUAGCACCGUCAAGGCCGCGCCAAAAGUCUGGGCGUUGAUGCAAUCUUUCUACAGCAAAUUUCCGGAUUACAAGGGCCGUGAGUUCGGUUUGUUCACCGAGUCGUACGGCGGCCACUACGGCCCGGAGUUCAUCGAUCACUUCCAGGCUCAGAAUGAUGCUAUCGACAAGGGCACCGUCAAGGGCGAGAAGAUCAAGAUUGUCGCUCUCGGUAUCGGAAACGGUUGGAUCGACCCAGUUGUCCAAUACAAGGAUUACCUGGAGUACGCGGUGAACAACACAUACAACAAGAUCAUCGACCAGCCCAAGUUUGAUGAGCUCACUAAGGCCUAUGAGAAGGAUUGCAAGCCUGCGAUGGAGAAGUGCACUGGUCUUGAGGGACAGAACGAAGCUUGCGUGGCCGCUGAAAAUGCGUGCUACGCAGCCGUUGAGGCACCCAUCGAAGCGGCCAAGACUUUUAACGUUUAUGAUGUCAGAGCCGCGGACGACAAAUUCCCUCCUGGAACUUAUCAGGCAUACAUCAAAAAGCCUGAGGUCAUGAAGGCGAUCGGCGCCAAGUCCGAGUAUCAAGAGUGCCCUCAAGCACCGUACGACAAGUUUACUUCGACUGGUGACGGUAAGUGUACUUGCCGCGACCUAAACUUCAUCUGCAACUACAUUGGCAACUACAACGCAGCUAAGAAGAUCGGUGGUGAGGAGUUUGAGAAGGCAGAGAUGAAAGAUUUCACCAUGAACGGCAAGAAGAUGGGAGAAUACAAGAACAUCAAGAAUUUGAGUUGGCUAAGGGUUCAUGAGGCGGGUCAUGAAGUGCCUGCUUACCAACCAGAGGUUGCCCUGGAAGCCUUCAAACAGACUAUGGCGAAGAAGGGUAUUUCUUCGCCGUGA